GCAGAGCCCGGCGGGCGGCGGGGCGGCCCCGCUCCCCGUGAAAAGGCGGCGCGGCAGGGCAGCGGCCGCCGCCAUGCAGCCGUUGCACCGCGCCCCGGCGUUGCUGCUGCUGUUUCUGGCCGCCGGGAUCUUGUGCCUCUGCCUUGCCUCCUCGGAAGAGCCAACCGCCGAUGGCCUCACAUCAACUUCCCUGCUGGAGUUUGCCAUGAUGUCCCACCUGGAGGCCAUGAAUUCCCACGAGCAAACCAGCCCGGAGGCUACGGAGCCUGAUCUUGCCCCUGGCUCUCUGCAUGCUGCCCCGGGAUCAGGCUUUGCCAGCGAGGAGAAUGAGGAGUCCAAGAUCUUACAGCCCCCACAGUACUUCUGGGAAGAUGGGGGAGAGCUCAAUGACUCCAGCCUGGACUUGGGACCAGCAACAGAUUACAGCUUUCCUGCUGCGUCUCAGAAGGCCCUGCUGAAAGGGAAUGGGACACACGUGAAAGACAACUGGGAAACAGCCACUGUCCAGCCGCCAGCAGAAUUUGUUGAGCCUGACUUGCACACGCCUUUCUCCAGCACGCUGGAGGAAGAGGAGGGGCUGCUCCCUAUAGACCACUCAAGAGGAGGAGUGGAGAGCCUCCAGACCUCCAGGCCAGAGGUUACAUCUUCUGAACCAGUGGGCCAAGAGGACUCCUUCACCCUUCUGUUUUCCACAGCCUCUGCCAGGCCAGGUAUCGUGACCAAGGCAGCCAUAGGAGGGCAAGAAGAGGAUUCUGUUCCUCCAGGCUUAGACCUUGGGAGCAGCAUGGGACCAGGUCUUCUGCCUGUGUCCUCUAUUUUUUCUACUACUGUUGCUGCAAGGUCUCCCAGUGUUUCAGAAGAGCCCUUUGAGGUGACAGCCAGGGACACAUGGGCUGUUGGGGGAGCAGAUUCAGAGCUGACUGUGACUACCACAAGAGCAGAACUUGCAGAGACCACAGUGGAGGCUGGUGGGGAAGAGCAUUCGCCCAGAGAGGAAGUCUCAGAGACCACAGUGGGUUGGGAGAUUCUGGAGCCGACGGUGCUAACUGAAAUGGAGCAGACAGUGGAAAUGCCUGUGGGGACACCCUCUCCUGGAGGCAGCUCCCCAAGCACCCAGACUCUUUCUGGGAGUGAGCAGCACUCCACUUCUGCAUCUCCGUGGGACAGGGCUGAUGAGCCUGCGCUGGAUCCCAUUUGGAAUGACACCAAGUCAGCCACUGAGACUGUGGCAGCAGAGAGGAGCUUGUCACCACAGGCUGGGGAUGCCCACAUGGCGAUGCUGCCAACAGAGCUGCCCUGGGACUCAGCACAGGUGAUCUGCAAAGACUGGAGCAACCUUGUGGGGAAAAACUACAUCAUCCUGAAUAUGUCGGAUAACAUUGACUGUGAGGAGUUUCGGCUGGAGCGGGGUCCUCAGCUGUUGGCACUGGUAGAGGAUGCCUUCUCCAGACAGGCGGAUGGGCUGCAGGACCACUGGCUGAUCUCUCUGAGCAAACCCAAUGAGAACGACAAGCACUUGCUAAUGACACUGGCAGGGGAACAGGGUGUCAUCCCUACAAAAGAUGUUCUCAUGGCACUGGGGGAUGUUAAGAGGAGCUUAGCCGAGAUUGGCAUCCAGAAUUAUUCAACCACGACAAGCUGCCAGUCGCACCCCAACCAGACACGCAGCGAUUAUGGGAAACUCUUUGUGGUACUGGUGAUCAUCGGCUCCAUCUGUGCCAUCAUCAUUGUAUUGGGGCUCAUAUACAACUGCUGGCAGAGACGCCUGCCCAAGAUGAAGAACAUGUCGCAUGGUGAGGAGCUGCGCUUUGUUGAGAAUGGCUGCCAUGACAACCCCACCUUGGAUGUGGCCAGUGACAGCCAGUCGGAAAUGCAGGAGAAGAAGCCAAGCGUGAAUGGUGGAAACACCAUCAAUGGCCCCGACAGCUGGGAUGUCCUGAUCAAUAAGCAGGCGAGCGAGGAUGUGGAUGUGUUUGAGGAAGACACGCAUCUUUAGAAAAAGAAGGGAGGGAACCACCCCCUUAAAUACACUUGUGUCUCUCCUAUCUUGACUGAUGGACCACGGGAUCGGGUGGCUUCUCAGGAACUUCUUAAAGGCUUGGAACAGGUCAAGUCUUUGGGCAAGUUUUCCCAAUAGAAGUCCUGAGCCCGCGUCGGAGGCUUGGAGCCAGGAGGAUCACUGAACAGAGGGAAGCGGGAGGGGUGGGGUUUGUAGGUCUCUGUGUGUGUGUUCCUAUCAGUAACACCAAUGCUUUCAUCACCUUUAAAUGCACUUACUGUAGCUCUCUGGUAGUGGCUGAGCGUGGCUGGGCUUGAGAAGCAAGGCGGUGAGGCUAAGUCUGCAACCAAGAGUCCAGCUUUGGGGAGUAAAUUCACUUUGGGAGUCCAGCUGGAGUUACAGCAGCCAGAUCCUGACCUCGAGAUCACGUUCAGUCCCUGCAGGUGCAGUAAAACUUGUGCAUUCUGGACAGAGGGGAGCCAAGACUCAGUCCUGGGCACAGUCUGCAUUCCACAUGUGAAAAUAGGUUUUCUAGUGCUCUAGCAUUCAGCUGCUAAUUAGAUGAGCUGAUGUUUACAUCUGGGGAAAACAUCCCACUGUCAUCACCACAAACAGCCCCACUCCCUUUUUCAGCUCCACAGCUCCAAGCUGAGUUUGCAAAGUUUGAGCACUUUACCCUUGCUUGAUUGAUUGCAGAGAAGUCAGUGCCAUGGUGCAGCAUCUUAGCUGGAAAUUUGCUUUAGGUUGGAAAGUUGCUCAAAAAGGAAAUUUACAUGCCUCUCUCAUGCAACAGCCUGUGAAAUCAGCAGCAAAGUAUCCCUUGUCUAAGUCUCAGUUUUAGACUGGCAGGCUGCCUCCACUCCUGUUCAUUUUCCAGGAUAGUUUGGUUUCAGUUGGUCUUUUUGAGGUAAACGUAAAGACUAUGUGACACUUUUUAAACAGGGAGAAAAGUAGAAACUCGGAAACAGGUAAUUUUCUGGUCCUUUUGUUUCCUUUUCAGCAUCCUGCCCUGGGGGAGGGGGAAGUGUUUAAUGUCCCACAGGCGUAAAUCGGGGUAACAUCUUUAAAAUCACUGCAUUUAAGCAAGUGUAAAAGCCAGUUCAGAUGAGAUGAGAAUCAGAUCUAAGAGCUCCCCAAUGAACGUUUCUCAGGCAUGCCUCAGGCAACUUUGAGGCUCCAGCUCCCCAAAGAUGUGUGAUAAAAGGCACGUGAAUAUGCAUAAUUGUUCUCUGAGCCCUGCCUAAACUGAGACUCAGAACUACUGUCAAGCCUGAAAUCCCAGAACAUUUGUUUCUUCUGUCAUCGAGGGAUUGAGGGACUUGCUUCAGUCAGAGGCAACAGUAUUCCUCUCUGUUAAGGUGAUCUGCAUGCUUGCUUACUGCAAGAUGCAGCUUUGCAUUUGGUCUUUAAGGGAACCCUUGUACAGAAAGACCACAGAUAUGCAGCCUGAUGCCGAGCCUGUAAAUCUAUCCCCGUAUGUAUAGAUAUUUUUAGCAUGUUCAUCCCCGAUGUGAAUGCCUGAAGUCAAGGUGCAAGAGUCUGUUGUUUCAUUUUGCAUAGCGCUUUGCAUACAAACUGAAUCACAGAUCGCCUCAAUGUAGGACCACGUUGAUAUCAGUCUAUUAGGGAUUCAAGAAAGGUGACUGCCUUUGGUUUCCUAUCCAGAUUCCAGUUUUCAGUGUUUUUAUCCUGCCUCCAUACCUUUCCCUGUGUUAUGUAGGAGAUGGUGAUCAUCAGCUCCUUUUGUAUCUUGUUGGUAGGGUUGCAGAGAUGCUCAGAGGAGUUCCCUCUCCUGCCCCAGCAGUUGAUAGUGUGGGACAGUCCCUGUACAUGGACAGCCGCAUGUGGCCUUUCUCUGACCACCCCUGGCUGAUGGCUCCUGCUGAGUUUGAUGGGUCUGUGCAGUGAAACUGCACAAGUUCAGUGGCUGUGUUGAUGGCACUUUGGGGCUCACAGGAUUAAAUGCAAGUUGUUGUUAUGGUGAGUAAAUUAAAGCAUGGGGUUAAAAUUUGAGUUUGUAUAGCACUUAGCAUAACAGGGCCUGGCAUGGCUGUGGCCUUUAGGCAAUCUCACCGUAUAAAUGUUUCUAAGUCCAAUAAUCCUCACUAAAUAUGUUUUUAAUGCCCAGUGGCUAUUAAAAAGGUAAUGCCACCAAUCAGCUGUGAAUCAAUUCACCCACAAAACACUUCCUUGGUGCACAUCAUUGCUAGGAGCUGCUUUGCUGCCCUGUUUUCUCUCCACUUUACUAAUUCAGAGAAACAACAAGGUGCUGAUAAAGCGAUGCUUCUGGCUGGGCUCAGCACCUCCUGAUCUGGUGUAAAGUCUUCAAACUUUAAAGAAACCAAGGGGGCUGUGCAGGCUUAUUAAUAAGCUAGCAAGUUCUCCUGAUUUGCUCUUCUGGCUUCUUAUGGCCUGAAGGUUUUCCAGAGACUGUAGAGCUCUCUUCUGCAUCUGGAGCAUCCAGGCGAUCUUGAGAGUGUCUAAGGGUGGCUGUCAGGAGGCUGAGAACAGUUUUCUGCUGUCUCUGACAGGGUGCACCUGGCUGUAUGAUCUCAGUUUAGCUCCAGAAAUCUACUGGUUAAUAGCGUUUCACUUUAGUCUGGUGAUACUUUUUAUACCUUUACCAUUUGUUUUUUCUCUGUAUCAUUUUUUUGCACUAGGCUGAUCUUGUUAAGUCGAUUGCACUGUUGUCCCUCUCCCGCCAGCCUUGCAGAGAUGGGUCAUCUCUGGGGACCUGCGGGCUGGGGAGCACUAUAGAGAGGCUGUUGAUAGCCCACUUACUCUGUUGUUCAGUGCUUGGGUUUCCAGCUCUGCACAGGGAGGGUUUAAAGAGGAAGAGAAACUUUGUCUUAGCAUUUGUAACAGGAAGCUUUUCUAUCACCUUAACGUAGUUAAACUUCUUUUUAACAAGAACUGUCAAAGCUGGACUUCUCAGAGCGGUGUGCCAGGCGACAGAGCAGAUGCAGGUGACAGUGAUUCCUGGAAAACUGUUUUCCCACCUACUCGGACUUCGCUGUAGUGCCAUCUGCCAAACGUUUGAUAGCACUGACACCUGGUGGCUUCUGGGAGUUGGAGACGAAAAAUAAAAAAAAGGACUUUUCCCCCCCUCUUAGCUCUGAGUAUUUGUUUCCUGUGACUUGCCUAGGACAGUCACCUGCUUUAUUCAUGAGGGGCUGCUGGCCUUGCCUGUGAGCAGAGGGGCUUGCACCAGGCACGUAAGGGGUGGUUUGUGUGAGGACAGCUCUGUCUGCAAAGCAAUGAGAUGGGACAUUCCUUGGAGUCACCGACCUAGAGGCCCUGGGUAGCAAUACAGGGUCUCAGCUCCAUCUCGCUGCUUUCUCCUCCACUUGCCCCUUCUCCUCCUGGGGAGCACAGCCAGAAAGCAGAGGCUCUGGCUUGAAAUGGAGGUGGUUCUUCAGAGAGAGCAUCAAGUGCUGGCGUGAGGAGCUCUGUGCCCUAGGGCAUGCUGGUGUUGGCAUCGGCUGGAUGCACAGCCAAGAUCAGAGUGGCUCUCCAUCUCUGUGGGACGGUAGCCAGAUGUGGUCUGGGAUGGCCAAGCUGCAGAUUACUCCCAGAUGUUGCCCAGAUGUCUCGAAGAGCAUCUGUAAUGUGGAGUCCAACAUGUGCUAGGACUUUGCAUCCUGCAGACCACCUUGCGGCAUGUAGGGUGUAGAGAAACAAUGAGAACUGACCGGUAACUGUGCUGUGGAGUAUGUAAUGCAGGUUGAGAAUACUGUUCAAGAUACCACCUUAAGGAUCUCUGUGGGCAAAGGAUGCGGUGUGAAAUGGAGGUACAUUAUCGUAUGGAUUAUUGUAGUAUGACCUUAGACCAUUGCAGCAGGAUCCCACUGCAUCCACUGCCGUCAGCAGCUCGUCUGUUCCCAUCCACCUUCGCAGCCACGCAGGAGCACCUCUCCUUCGCAGAGGGUUUGGGGCACCUUGAACAGUCAGAGACAACAACCACCUUUAUCUGUGCUGGCUCAGAAGAGCCUUGUGGGCUCAUCUUGGCUGACAGCCAGGCUCCCGGCUGUUCUUAACACCCUCAUUCCCGCUGGACCUAAACUGUCUGCGAGCCCUGGCCACCGCUCAGGAUUGCUGCCGGAGAACACUUAGAAACACUCGCGUCUGGCCCUGGAAGUGACAGGGUUGUGGUUUUGUUUUCUUUGCAAUAAAACGCACCUCCUGGGUGUCUGAACACUGA